AUGGACUCAAAGGAUCUGAGGCUCAUUCUAGUUGGAAAAACCAGAUCGGGAAAGAGCGCCACCGGAAACACCAUCCUGGGACGUAAAGACGCCUUCAAAGUCGACGUAUCACCUGAAUCCGUGACCGGUAGCUGUCACAGACAGGAGGUAGAAGAUGGUGACAGGAAGAUUACUGUGGUCGACACGCUGGGGCUGUUUGACACAAACAAAACGCAAACGGACGUGAAAGGCCACGUCGAAGAGUGUGUUAGACAGUCAGUUCCCGGCCCCCACGCUUUCCUGCUAGUGAUCAGUCUGAAGUCAAGAUUCACACAAGAGGAGAGGGAUGCGGUGAAAUGGAUCCAGGAUAAUUUCGGCUCAGACGCUUCCAUGUACACCAUAAUCCUGUUUACUCACACUGACUCGCUGGGGGAUAAAUCUGUGAAGAACUACGUGACAGAGAGUCUCCAUCUAAAACGUCUGAUUAACCAGUGCGGAGGACGAUACCAUUCACUCGUCAACGACCAGAAAGAAAGCAGAGGCCAAGUCAGAGAACUUUUAGAAAAGUUAGACAAAAUGGUGAUAGACAAUAGAGGAAGUCACUACACUAAUGGGAUGUAUGAGGAGGCCCAGAGGAAACUAGAAGAGGAGGAGAAGGAGAAGGAGGAAACGAGGUACUUGGUGUAAAGUAAUGCGAGCUGCUUCAGCGAUAAGUGUAUUGACAGGAUCUUAUUUGUCUUCACCUCUUCUAGCGGCUGCGGGUGGAGCGUUGGGAGCCACACAAUACUUUAAUUGCUAGUUAGAUUUGGUUGAGAAAAAAGAGACAGGUGGAAAGAGCUAAUGAGACAAGUAGUAAUAGCUGUAAGUAGUCUAAGACGCACAUUAGCUUAACCUCAAAAUAAAAGUGU